GCCGGUCUCAUGCUGGCGCUCUGCCACCGCCGCGAAGUGCCUCGACGGCACCGACUCCGGGUCGACCUCCCAUGCCGGCCUCUCGUAAAGGAGGGAUCACCCGAUCUCGAGCCAUUCCCUCUCGUCCUCGCCAAGACCCAGUGCCCCGUCUACAUUGGCGACGAAUCAAAGAGCUACGAGGAGCGGAUGGGGUGCUUUUGCCGCGUUUCUAAGAUGAGGGAUCACGUCGAACGUACCAGAGGAGAAAAUCUCCUGUCGCCACCCCGUGUGCCAGUCUCAAGGGCUCGUCCUCAAACACUUGCAGCAUUUCAAAAGUCACGUACAGACCGUCCACGGUAUCAGCCUUCGAAAGUGAGAGAAUCUCCUCGUCAUUUCAUCUUGCUACUUUCCUCUUCGAGCUUCUCCUAUCAGCAGAUUUUCCACUAUCAAAGGAGCAACUAAUGUGUUUAUAUCCUGUCCCUAAUAUUCUACCUCCAUAUAAUAUCGAUAUCGCUCCGCAUCUCAACCCCUCAACCCGCGAUUCCGACAUCAAAUCCACAUUAAUCAAACAAUUAGGAGACAAGGGUUCUGGCGUCUAGGGAAUGCG